CUUUAAGAAUUGUAGAAAAUCACAUCUCAGAACCAAGUGGACAAGCUGGUUUGAAACCAAUUGUGGAAAGCAGGCUUUUCUAUUGUGACUCUGGUGCAACUGAUGAUACAGUAAACAUCAUAGGAUGCGUACUCCUUAAAACAUUAAUAUAAGAUGGAGAAUGUAUUCUGGGUCUGACUGGAGCAAAAAUAUAAAGAGUAAUACGCAUUCCAAUAAUAUUCUUGGAAGGGAUAGAACUGUAUGUCUAGAGUUUGCAGUAUCUUGGAUGGAAUUUCAAUAUUGCAUAUUCACACCUGGUGGAGUAUCUGUGUCUAAGCUCUCUCUUUUAGCCCUUGAUUUUAAUCUUUAUGACAGAAGCACAGAUGCACCUUGGAAGGUGGUGCUAAGAUACUAUGAUACAAAAGAUCAUCCUAGGGAAUCCUCUUCAAAGGCAUUUAAACUGGACCUAGAAGCUGUCAGACCAGAUCUUUUUACACCACUUGAGGAAUACCGGUAUUCUUGCUGCUUUAUAUAUAUUCUGACUAAAUGGAAUUAGCACUGAAAUCUUCAUUUCUCUCUGAGGGUUCCACAUGAGGGAGAUUGCAUUGUCCUUUCAUGAAAAGUGCUAUCCAUAUGCAUAACCUAUAUCAAUUUAUCAUUUCAGUUGCUCUUUUUAUAUAGGGGAGGGCUGGGAUUCUAGUAGAAUUGGUCAUUUUUCUUUUCACAGUUCCAAGUUUUUGAAUGGUUUCACUCAUGGGUCUAGGUCUUAUCUGCUCAGAUUAUUAGAUAUUGACCUGAUUGGAACCUAAAUCACUACCUCAUGAUGUUACAUAUUGUAUCCAGUAGUCAACGUUUUAUUUUUUAUAAAGUAGUGUUUUUGAGUUUUUAGCUGCAUUUUUCUCGAAACCUUGCUUUGCUUACUAAUUGUAUUCAGAAGAAAAGAGUGUGUGUUUGGCUGCCACCAUAGGUUUCGCUGUAAUUAUUUGUGUUCGAUGCAAUCUAUAAAUGAAGUAAAUAUCAAAAUCACUUUGAUGUUGCUAUUCUGCUUGUCAUAUUUCUGUUUCUGAACUUCUGUCACUUGCUUUUGAAGAACCAACUUUUUUUUUUUAUUUUUUUUACUUGCAUGUUGCGCGUUGCUCUCCAUCCUAUGCGGCUAAA